CCUCAGGUCAUGAUUUUCAUUUUCUCGUGUCAUUCUCUUGAAGAGAGGAAAUGGUUGUAGUGGAACGUGUUACAAAUCAGCCACUGACACGGAGCCCUCGCAGUUCAGAAACGUUCAUAGAAGAGCAAAUAUAGCCCUUUUUUGUCUGUUCUGGAAUCUGUCUUCUGAAAAAGGGAAAUAAAAAUGACGACUUCGUCUAUUCGGCGGCAGAUGAAGAACAUUGUGAACAAUUAUUCCGAGGCCGAAAUAAAAGUUCGGGAAGCGACCUCUAAUGACCCCUGGGGUCCCUCCAGUUCAUUAAUGACUGAAAUAGCAGAUCUGACUUACAAUGUUGUGGCCUUUUCUGAAAUUAUGAGCAUGAUCUGGAAACGACUGAAUGACCACGGCAAGAACUGGCGACACGUGUACAAGGCCCUUACUCUGCUCGAUUACCUGAUUAAAACUGGCUCCGAGAGAGUAGCGCAGCAGUGUAAAGAGAAUAUUUUUGCUAUCCAGACGUUGAAAGAUUUUCAGUAUAUUGAUCGAGAUGGUAAAGACCAGGGCAUCAACGUGAGGGAGAAAUCCAAGCAGCUGGUGUCUCUGCUGAAGGAUGACGAACGACUCAAGACGGAGAGGGCCCAAGCGCUGAAGACCAAAGAACGCAUGGCUCAGGUGGCCACUGGAGUGGGGAGCAAUCAGAUCACCUUUGGCCGCGGCUCCAGUCAGCCAAACCUGUCCACCAGCUACUCGGAGCAAGAGUAUGGAAAGUCUGGAGGAUCCCCAGCCUCUUACCAUGGCU